UCUCCUUUUGUCGCCCCAUCCCCAUUCUCCAUCAUCGUUCGCACCCUCUCUCCAUCGACCCAACCAUGGACAACGCCUGGGGCGAAAACUUCCUUGAGGCCAUUGCCGCCUUGACAUCCAAGUUCCUGACGGACAAGGAGACAGAGAAGAUUGUUGCCGGGUUCAACAAUUUCCAGCAACGACUGCAGCGACUAAGCAGCCAUAACCUGCAGCGACUCAACCUCGAAAUCACACAGAAUAAGAAGCAAGUGAACAGAUGCAAACACGAAGGCAAGACCUGUGCCCAGAACGUCACCCGGGGGUUUCUCAAGACUUGGGUCGUCGCAUAUCUUGUCAAAUAUGUCAUUGCCAUUUUGCCCGCCCUCUUGAAAGGCAAAAUCCUUAAAAAUCCGAGUAUUCUGAAAAAGAGCGGAGGAAGCGACACAGUGGGAUUCGCCUUCUUUUUGUCUUCGUUCUUGUCGGCAUACAAGUUGGUGCUGUGCACAUUGCGCUACUACCGACCUGACCACACUGGCGAUCGACUGAAUGCCUUUGUGGCCGGAUCUGUUGCAGGAUUGACGUUGUUCCUGGACAAGAACAAGAGUCGCAGGACCGCCUUGACACUCUAUCUUUUUACACGGUCCAUUCAGUUCGGUUCCAGCUACGCUAUGAAGAAAUGGGCAGAGCAUCGUCUUGCCAAGAGGGCUAUAGGAAACCAGGCCCUUCGGGAGGCACUGGUGACGUCAGGAGUGGACAAGAAAGCGCUUGUAACCAAACCAGGAUGGGACGAUAUUUUGGCUAGUGUAUUCUCAGGAUCUGCAGCAACCGCACUCAUGUCGCUCACCGCUGCCGUCAAUUUGUACUCGUGUGUGAUCGAGCCCGAUGCGAUGCCAAAGUCAUACUACAACUUUAUCAUGCAACACUCCGGACUCCCACAAAAGUUCGGACCCAUGUUCCCGCCACUGGUCGAGACCUUCCAGUCGCAGUUCGAAUUGUUGAAGGAAGGACCACCCGGAUUCGAGCACAUUGGGAUUCCAGAGGGAGUGUCGUCACACGAUUUCAUUGCCCAGAAUGUUUCGCCCAACAUUGCGACACUGUUCCCGCAACAUAUCCAUCACGAUUACCAAUGCUGUGCACUGCUUCAUCCUCUGUAUGGCUGCAACCGACAUGCUAUAGACACCAUCACAGGGGAGUUUGGACGCGCUCUCAAGAUGUACGGAACCCUCAACGCUAUCGUUACAAUCGUGUUCCAGCACAAGAAGAUCACUACCAACCCAUCAGGAUCCUUGAAGCGUUAUAUCAAGUCAACGUUGAGGUCCUGUCUUUUCUUGACCCUCUAUGUCCUCGCAGCGUUCUAUGUCCCAUGUAUCUCCAGGCGAAUUCUCGGACGCGAGACCAACCUUAAUUAUCUGCUGAACGGAGUAGUGGCUGGAUUUGCCGUGCUGAUUGAGGCACCAGGUCGCCAGAUGGAGCUGGCGUUGUACUGCUUGCCCCGCGCACUCGAGACAGCCUGGAAGUUGAUGUUGAAGCGCGGACUGGUCAGGAAUAUCCCCCAUGCGGACAUUGCACUCUUCAGUGCAUCCAUGGGCGUGAUGAUGACUCUGUACCAGAACGAGCCCAGCGUGAUCAACAAGCAUUAUCUCACGGUCUUGACCCGUAUUUUCGGACGUAAUUAGAGGCAAGAAGCAAAAGUAGAGAGAGAGAGAGUUUUGGAUUAGCGAAUAAACACUUAGUAUGGUAAA